GUGAUAUUCCGCUUAAAUGAUCCGCUCUAAUGAAAGCUUUUCUCCACAGAUUGCUGAUGUGCUGACUAAAAUGAAGCCGAGUGUCCUGCUCACACUGCGGGGAGUGAACACCGAUAGCGGCAGCACCUGUCGCGAAGCGUCCUUUGAAGGCAUCAGCCAGUUUCAGGUGAAUAAUUCCCUGCUGCACCCAGUGAUUGUGGAGUGUCGUUUGCUGAAGACUGACAUGGAGCUGGAAGUUCUGCGCUACACCAACCGCAUUUCCAGCGAAGCCCACAAAGAGGUAAA